UAUUCUGCUAGCUUCAUUCACGUCGAUUGAGUUCUCAAAACAAAUACGCACAAGUUGAAUACAUAACACCGAAUCGCCGAAUACGUGUAAUAAACCUCUUCAAUUCUCAUUGUUUAAUGUUGAUUCUAAAAGCGUUUUCCGCAGUUCUCUAAUAGAAAACUGCUUGCAUUGUGUAAUAACAUUGCAUAAGAACGCUUUGAGAGAUUUCAGCCGGUUUAGCAAUGGAAGUCGACCGUAUCGUUUGCGAUUCAGAAAACGUGGCGUCCGAUGAAAAUGAUAAGAGUGUGGUAGAAGGAGGCGCGGGAGACUCGGCUAGCUCUCAUACCGGUCGUAUUAAGCGUAAACACAGGAAAUAUGGUAGAAGCAACAGCAAGGAGGCGGUCGGCGUGGUGUCAACUCCAUUGCCGAAGUAUAGGAGCUGGAAAAACUGCCGCAGACCGCGAAAUGGCCACGGUAGAGGCCUGCCUAAGAAAGGUGGCGCUGGUGGCAAGGGUGUUUGGGGUGCACCAGGAUGUGAGCUUCUAGAGGAAUACGAGGAGGACGCAAAUGACCCAAACUAUGACUCUGAAGCAGUCAGCAAUGGAGAUAUCGAGUUCAAGCAGGUUAUUGUGGAGGCGGAUCCAGAGGAAGUCGUGAGAAAAUCAGAACCUGUGAUAUUGGAAUAUUUCGAGCAUGGUGACACGAACGCUGCUGCGGAAGAUUUAUUGGAGUUUGUGACCGCUAAGAGGAGCCACUUGGUGUGCGAGACGAUUGUGGAGAUAGCUCUAGACCAUAAGCCUUCGCACUGCGAGAUGGCUUCCGUACUUAUUUCUGACCUCUAUGGUAGGAUCUUCUCUGCCAAGGAUAUUGCUUAUGCAUUCGAGAGGCUAAUGGAGAAGUCGGGAGACCUGGCUGAGGGCAUGCGCUGCGUCCGGGAGCUGGAGGUGCCGCAUUUCCACCACGAGCUCGUCUACGAGACGGUGUUGCUAGCUGUGGAAGCAAUAAACUCCAGCGUAGAGGAGCAGUUAUGCACAUUCCUGGCGGAGUUACGAAGAUGUGUUAUAGUCACCCCAGAUCAAAUGGAUAGGGGUUUCCUCCGCGUGUUGGAGGAUAUGUCGGACAUAGUAUUGGACGUUCCUCUGGCCUACAUAAUGCUGGACCGGUUCGUGGAGCGCUGCCAGACGAAGUUCCGUCUUGGAGACGAUGUGCUGAAGAGGAUGCCCACCAGGUAUGUCGUUGCUUUUCACUUGUCGGACGUGACAGGUUUAUAUCGCGUUGUAAUGUGUUAGCCUAGUUUUCCGUGC